AUGAGAAUAUGGGCUAUUAGUUGUUAUUCAGUGGAACGAGAAGAUUACAAAAUUGAAAUGAUUAUAUUUGUACCAGCUAACAUGUAUGAAAGAGAUCUGGAAACUCAAGCAGUCUUCAAGAAAGAUAAAUUUUAUUGUAUUGGAGGUAAAAUUGUGCCCAACAAUUAUGAAAAAGAUAAAAAAGUAAAGAUAGCAGUUUCAAUCUCAAUGCAUUUAACGAUCUUUGAUAAAAUUAGUGCUUCGAAUAAAUGUCCCUUAAAGGUAGCUUUAAUUGGGAUUCUCCAAGAAAUGCUACAAGAAGUUAAAAACAGUGAAAAUGCUAUUAUUCAAACAUUUAUAACUGAUUAUAUUUUUGGAGAAGAAUAUACAUGUUUUGAAAGCAAGAAAAGAUAUUCUGAUAAUAUGACAACUCAAAUUACUUCAACACCAAAAAAUUCUAUUCGCUCCAAACUUUUUGUUACUCAUCAAAAUGUUUUGGAGAAUACAAAUAAAAAAUUUGAAAAUGAAGAUUUACCUUCAGUAAAUUCAGAUAAUUUUCAUGAUAGCUUCGGAUCAACAUCAUUAACUGAUUCUCAACUAUUGAAAUAUGUCCAAGUAGAAAAUAUCAGUAUAGAACAAACAAAUCAAGAAUUUAAUGAAAAAAAUGAUUUGGCUGAUCAUGAUCAAGAAAAAUAUAAAGAAAUGACAAAUAAAAUUAUCAAAAAAAUAACUAAAAUAAUUAUGAAAAAG